AUGACCGCAAGCGACAUGAUGAAGGCCCUAGUUUUGAGACCCCAGAGUCAAUCUUUAGCCGUGGAGGAUGUGACAGUGCCAAAGCCUGGGCCCAAACAAAUUCUUAUCAAGGUGCAGGCAGUUGCGCUCAACACGGUAGACGUCAUGAACGUGGACCACUCUUUGGCGCUCCAAGAUAGACGUGUCGUGGGAACGGACUUCGCAGGACUUGUCGAGACAAUCGGCGAAGAUCUCAAAUAUCUUGAGGACCCACGUGUGAAAAUUGGCGCGCGAGUCGCGGGUUUUGUUCAGGGUGCGAAUUCUACUAACGAGCGUCCCGGUGCCUAUGCUGAGUACGUUUUGACCGAUUACGACUUGACCUGGAGAGUCGCUGAUAGCGUACCGCUGGAAAACGCCGCUACUAUCAGCAUGUGCGGUAUCACUGCCGCACAGGGCCUUUUCUAUCGUAUGGGAUUUCCAUGUCCAUUUUAUGGGACGCCGACAUUUGGGGAUGUAGAAGAGCCUGUGAACGUUUUCAUCUACGGCGCAACAACCAACGUCGGCAUUUUUGCAGCGCAGUUGGUUCGCAUCGCGGAAAAGACAGCAGGAAAACCGAUUAGGCUCAUCGGAGCUGCUAGCGCCUCGAAGCACGCCUCACUUAAGGGAGCACCAUAUGGAUACGACGUCUUAGUCGAUUACAAAAAUGAUGACUGGCCAGAGCAGGUCCACGAAGCCACCGGUGGGCGCGGUGUGUCAUAUGCAGUUGACACAGUAUCCAUUGGACCAACAGUGGCAAUGGUCGAAAGAACGUUGAGCCCUUCAGGAAAAUUUGCCGCCUACCGGACCCCAUCUAUUGGCGGAUUUGACAUGGCCACCUUGAAGAUCAAGCCUGUUGUCGGUCCAGUUUGGGAGGGCCUCGGGGCUGAGAUUGGUUAUCACGGUGUAACAUUACCGGCCAACCCCGAAGCGAGGAGCUUCGCCGCUGUUUUCUUUAAAUUCAUUAGCCAAGAACCAACUCCAGGUUUCAACGUUCUUCAAUCGGUUCCUGUUCGCCUGAUGCCUGGUGGCUUAGACCAGAUCAUUACUGACGGAUUCUCUGUGCUCCGCAAUUCGCCUAUGAUAUCCAGGACCGCAUCUGACCGCAAGGACGACGCUCAUUUGCGACCAGUCAGCAUGGAGAAGCUGAAUCUCUUGGCUUCCGUUCGGGCUGGCAAGUUCUUCACGAGCCAGGGUCACUCGGCCUUUCGUAUCAUCACGUCUGUUGAGGAAGUCGAAUGA